UAUAUUUUAAACUCGUAGAGAUGCACCAUACCUUAAUUGUAGUUUUAGCAUUAUGUUGCCUGGGGAUUUCUAUUGCCCAAUUGCCAACAGGAGGAUCGAUGCGUUCAAGUGCAAUGAUGGCGGAAUUGAUGAAUCCCAGUACAAUGAACGCAAUCUGUGGGAAGCUCGGGAAGUUAAUCAUGUGUCAAUGUACAACUAUUGCCGAUGGAUGUGAGGAGGGUCAUAUUCCUAUGGGAAUAUGUCCUAUGCUCCCUAUGUUACCCAUGCUUCCCAAAAUCCAAUGUUGUCCGCCCAUGUAUGCCAUGAUCUGCUCAAAACAUCAACAAAGAUCAAGUUCUAACCAUACGCAUGCUGGAAAUUCUCUUUCUUCACCUGGAACUCCAAAUCAGUCACAGAGCGAAAAUCCCAUCUCCUCACCGGGAACUCCAAUUCAUGCAAAAGGUGGAAAUUCCUUUUCUUUCGCGGGAUCCCUUCGGGAGAAACAAGGCGGAAAUUCCCUUCGAUUAGCGGGGACAAAACAACCCUCAACUUUAUAAAAAAUGAACAACAGUAAGUUACUACAAGGUUCUCCAAGACUAUUUAAAAAGGAUCCAUUGGGAGACGGAAACAUUGGAAGAGACAGUUCACUGAAAUUCGUGAAUUCUAAACAUAUCUCCUAAGCGUUCUUUCGUUGACUUUGCCAAAACAGGUUACUGCAGAAAGGGAAAAGUUAUUCUGAUAAACGUUUAACAUCUAUGUAUAAUGUCAUUGCUGUGAUGUCUAUGUUUAUAUACAUCAUGUUUGUUAAUUUUGAAAAAAAAAAAAAAAUAGAUUGUACAAGUAUCAUAUGAUAAAGCUCCGUCCUGGAUAAACUUAUUAAAGAUCAAUUAUUAAUGAAAUAAUGAAUAUUAUAACUUAACCAUUUUAUCACAAGUAA